GAUGGGAGUAGUAGGGGCAGGCACUGCUGUGUAUGAUGGGAGUAGUGGAGCGGGGUCCCCUGUGACAUGUGACAGUCCCCGGCUCUGCUCACACCUUCCUCCCCAUCCUCCUCCUCCCCGGCCCCUCCCCCGCUCCGCCCUCCGCCCCGCCGGCCUGCCUGUGGGAAGUGCGGCUAUGCCCGGCGCUGACAGCGGCCCCGUGCUCUGAUGCCUUUGUGUCUGGCGGUGGAGGAGCCGGCGAGCUCUUUGUCUUCUGCCCAGGACAGUGGAAGCUGCGGCCGCUCCCCGGUUAUGCCCGCACGGCCCCUGGCAGCAGACUGAGCGGUCCCGGGAAGUUUCCAUGUCCCCUCGGCCCGGCAGGGAUACAAUGAAGGAUCUGAAGAAGUAUAUGACAGAAGGUCUGCUGCAGUUCGCCAUCCUGCUGAGCCUGGCCGGGGUGAGGGUGGAUCUGGACUCCUACCUGCCGCCCAUCAGGGAGAUCAUCCUGGGGACCAGCUCUGCCUACUCCCAGAUCCCCUUCCACAGCCUGAGGGACACUUGGGGGGGCUCCAGCCUGCACCCCAAGAGCCCGGACCUGGACUCCUUCUUCACUGCCCGGAGGCUGCUGGACGAAGUGAGGGCGCUGGGGGACACGCGGGUGCCCAGGACGGAGCUCAGCGCCUGGCUGGUGCACACGGUGCCCGCGGAGGAUGCUGCGGAGACCGGGCCGGCCAGUGCCCUGCUGAGUGCCGGGGAGGAGGACACCCCAGGCCCGAGCAGCAGCCAGCAGCCCAGCCAUGCCGCCCCCUCACAGCCACACAUUGGCACCAGUGCCACCUCCAGCCCCGGAGACUAUACCAAAGAGAAACAAGAAGAUAAACUGGGAUAUAGUGAAGACUCCUACAGCUACCUUCACAACGACAAUGGGAAGGCCGAGCUGGAGGAGGAGGUAACUCAACGCAGUGAAGAAGGUGACCCCAGCAAUACAGCCGCAAGUGACAGCAGCGACAUAAGAGCAGAGGUUGACCGGAACACCACCGAGCCUUCUCUGUUCUUUGAAGAAUUUAUUCAGCUGCUGGCACAAACUGAAAAUGCACUUGAGGGCACUAGUGAAAAUUCUUUUCAAAGUGCGGAACCUUCCUCCAGAUCUGGAAACUCGGUUGGAGAAUUGUGGCAAGACUUCCUAUCACUGCCUGAUUUAAAUAUUACAUUGGAAGACAUUCAGUCAAUUUCCAACACCAACAAUGCUAUCAGCACUUCAGUACCGUUCAGUGCGCAUCUGACGGAGGCAAUUAGCCAAGAUAUAAGCCUACAGGAAGCCAUGUUUGCAUCAACUCUUGCCGACAGGUCCAGUGAGGACCAGAAACCAGAGAACUUACUGCAGUUAAAUUCAAGUGCUAUUCCUGGUGAUCCCUUAAGUGCCACAAAUCUGACCAAUCUGUUUCCAACUACUGACAAUAAUUCCAGAAACUCAACCAAUCAAGAUCUUCUUUCUGGUCUUGAUGAGAAUGUAUUUGAUGAAAUAAAUUUAAUGUCUCUAGCCCUGGAAGAAGGGUUUGAUCCUCUGGAAGUCUCUCAGUUAUUUGAAGAACCAGACUCAGAUUCUGGACUUUCCUUAAAUUCAAGCCAUAGCCCAACAUCUGCAAGCAUAUCUGACACCUCAUCUAUAACCUUUGGGGAGGAAGAAGGUGCAGCUGGCUACAGCAGUGACUCUGAAUCCACUUCAUAUGACGGUUUAGAGGGAGCAGUGGGUGGGAGCGGUUCAGAAAUCAACAAAUUCUGUCAAAUGGAUGAUUCAAACUAUCACAGUGAGAUGUCUUUACAUAAUGUUCAUCAUAACCAUACAUAUAAUCAAUUGCCUAAUCAGACGGAGCCUAGUCCAGAACAUCACUAUAGCUGGUCAGUGAAAUCCAACAAAAUAAGGAGCCCGUGUGUCAAUGCAAUGGACAAAAACCUCAGCCGAGAUGAACGGAGAGCAAAAUCCUUAAGAAUUCCAUUCUCAGUGGAUGAAAUUGUGAGUAUGCCUGUAGAGAUGUUUAAUAGUAUGUUGACCAAGCAUUAUCUGACUGAGACCCAGGUGUCUGUUAUACGAGAUAUUCGGCGUCGGGGUAAGAAUAAGGUGGCUGCUCAGAACUGUCGCAAGCGUAAGUUGGAUGUCAUUUUGAACUUGGAGGACGAUGUCAAUCAGCUGAAAGUUCAGAAGGAAAAGCUACUGAAAGAACAAGCUCAGUGUGGUAAGUCUGUGAGCCAUAUGAAGCAAAAACUAAAUGACCUGUACCGAGAUGUAUUCAACCGACUACGAGAUGAGCAGGGUAGACCUGUCAAUCCAAACCAGUAUGCCUUGCACUGUAAUAGUGAUGGCAGUAUCAUGGUUGUCCCAAGGAGACUGUUCAAAUCAGAGCAAAAAAAAGACACACAAAAAGACAAGAAACAAAAAUGAACGUUGACCUAAGACAAACCAUCUAAAAACAGUAGUGGCAUGAACUAAAAAAGCUGCCAAUUGGGAGAGGCUAAAAUAAAAGGACUUUGAAGAUAUCGUUUGUUCAGGUGGCAGCUGAACGCAGUCGUUGGUCCUUACAAGAACACAAAAUCUUACAAAGACGCUGCUUUCACCCUCACUCCUAAUCUGGCACUAAACUUGACCAGACCUCCUGAUAUGCCACAAAUGAAUAUCUGCAUGGUCGUACAAUAUUACCUGUUAUAUGCAGCUCUCUCUCCUUCAUAAGUAUAGAUUUAAUUUACGACCUGUAUCAAAAGAAAUGAUCAUUCUUAAGUUAAAAUGAGUCCAAUUUUCUGGUAAAAUUGGGUUUUUUAAGAUAUAAAAUAUGGACAUUCGGCAUAUCAACAAAAGACCUUGCCACUAGAAAAGUUGUUAAAAUACAAAGUGACCUUAGAUUUAGUCUGUCGCACUGGAGCACAUUGUUCAUGUAAAGUUCUGGCUUAACAUUUUUAUUAUGUUACGUAUGUCUUUAUUUAUACUUAUGGUGUGUCUAAGGAGCUAUAAAUUAUGGUUUGUACUUUUUUUUUUACACUUUAGUUUUUGUUCUACUCUGUCUUUUUCAAGAGGUCCUGGUGGCUGAUCAUGGAUAAUUUUUUAUUUUUGGUCAUGUGUUUAAGACUUUCAUUUCUAGCAAGCUGGAGUUGCUUAUUUUAUAUUAUUUGAUAUAUGUGAUUUCUCCAGUGUAUAUGUUGGCUGAAAUAGUAUUUUUUGUACCAUGGGAAUAUUUGCUAAAGAAAUUUUAAUUUACGAUAAUGUUAUUUUGCAUUUAUACUACAGGGAUUUACACAAUAACCAUACACCAUUGUGUUCCAGAACCCCAGUUUGGAACCUCUUUCUCCAAUUUCUCUCUUCCCACUUUGGCUUAACUUAUUCUCAGUCCCAAUCAUUUUGUGAGCUGGAAGUGAGCAGCUCUUGGCUUUGCAUAAGAUGAAAAGUGAUAUUUUGGGACCUUCAAUAACUGUUGGCUGAACACACUUGGCCGACACCUAUCUCUCCAGACCCCCCAUACACAUACACACUCUGUCCAUCCAAGCAUGUAGGUGCCUCGUGGCGGCUUACCUCCUGGGAGAACAAAAGCUCCCCAUACACAUAAGAUUGCCAUCUGGUCCCGGUAAAAACAGCAGGUUUGUCCAAAGACGAGCUAAUGUUACAGUUUACCAUGGGUGGGUUGCUCAUAAAUGGACACCCCUUUUAAGUGUUUUGAAGUGCCAGGAGCUCUCUCUUAGACUAGGUUACACUUUUUAAAAGAGACAUAUAUCACUGUAACAUGUCAAAUAUUCUUUAAGCUUAUGAUAUAUAUAUUGAAAUAAUGUUUACGCCAUUUUAAUGUGAAGUAAUAAUUUCGACCAGUACUAAGUGUGUGUGUGUGUAUAUGUAUGUAUGUAUAUGUGUGUGUGUAUGUAUAUAUAUAUAUAUAUAUAUACACACACACAAUAUACACAAAGUCCAAUGUACCCAUGCAGAUUGUAUAUCUCACUACAGUUUGAUAGUCCUAUAUUUGAGGAACAUAUAACAAGCAUAGGUAUCACGCAGGAUUUUAUGAUUUAAUUUCUGUUUUCAUACCCCAUCUAAUAACAUGGCCAGCAACCAUUGUAACUUGACUCCAUGACUCCUUGGAAAACGAGUAAUUGGUUCCAAAGCCCUGAAAUGUCACCCCAAGAUAAGAGAAAAUGAAGAUAAAAUAAGCAGAUAACUAAGACAGAUAAAGCAAGUCUUUACAUAGAACAGUCAGGAAUACCUGCUGGGAGCUGUAAAUCAAUAUCUAUGAUGAGGACAGGAGCUUCUUCAGGGUCCUGUAUAGUACACAUUGUGCCAGAAAAAUAACAUGGAGCCGCCCUCACCUGACAUCCAAAGGAGCAGCUCAUCCUGGUACAGACAGAGGGCGGCACAGGAGAUGUAGUACCGCACUGUACUGUAAAGAGGAGAUGCUAGACAACCAAUACAGGUGUUUUACCAGAGAAAUAGCCAUAUAUUGAUUGUUUGGAUCAGAGGUAUUGUAUGUUUAAUCUAGUUUCAAUUUACGGUGGCCCAGGAAAGCCCUUUGUAAGUGGAAAAUACUAUAUCCUGAGGCCAUUGUGUCUUGAGGGACCACUGUAUAUCUAUCGGUAUGCCAGAAAGACACCAGUGUCUCGUAUUCUUAUUAUAUCGGCCAUUGCUGUGUGUUAGUAAUUUGCAUUUUCUGUAUUGUUUUUGAACUACACUUAAGGGGCAUCUGUCAGCAGAUUUGUUCCUAUCCCUGUCAAAGUGGAGAGGGCGCAGCAGUAGCAGAAAAAGUAGAACUUCUAGGUGUAAUGGCAACGCCCCCGUUGCUCCUAGAUG